AUGGAUUCAAAGGAAGAAUUUCGUAAAAAACUUUAUGAUGAAAUUAUAAUUAAACAGAUCUCACGUAAUAAUAAUCCUGAAUCCGCUCGUAAAUGUAUUGAAACUUUAUUAAGAGUAGUAAAAAACAUAGUUGAUGAUCCAAAAGAAGAAAAAAAACGUAAACUUAAAGAAGAAACUAAUGCAUUUAAAAAAAAUAUACGUAGAAAUAAGGGGGGAGUGGAAUUUCUUGUGCGAAUAGGAUUUAAAGCAAAAGUUAUAUCAUUUGAAAAAUAUUUUAUUUAUGAACUUCCUCCCGACAAUGAUCCAACUGCCAGAACAGAAAAAAUGGAACGAUUAAAAAUUGCUCAAGAUUUGCUUCAAGAUUUUUUGGAAAAAGCUCAAGAAAGAGCAGAGAUAAUUGAAAGAAUGGAAGCUAGAGAAAAGAUCGCUAAUGAAAUACAAAAAAAAUCAGUAUUAGAAAGCAUUGAAGACGACAAGAUUAGGCGUGCGGAAGCCAGAAAAAGAUCCAAAGAAACAAAAGAAAUAAAAGAACUUCAACAUAAACCAAAAGAAAAUGAACAAAAUCAACCGAAAAUUGAGGAGGAAGAAACGACAGAAUCUUAUCGAUCUUAUAAUUCUUCUCAUUAUCGUCAGCAUAAUGAUUAA